CCGAGAGUGAACUUUGUUUAUUUUUCGACGUGAGCGUUUCGAGUCGCGCGGUGCCUUCAAAAUUCUUUCUGCUUAAAACUUUCACGCUAUCAACAUGGGUUUUGCUGAUCUCUGGUAUUCGCAUCCUCGUACCUACGGACAAGGCUCUCGAUUCUGUCGAGCCUGUUCCAACAAUCACGGAAUGAUUAGAAAGUAUGGCUUAAAUAUCUGCCGGCAGUGUUUCCGAGAAUACGCCAAGGAUAUUGGAUUCCGUAAGCUGGACUGAAUAACGGACACAGUUGUGGCUCAAAGAUGUAAUGGCCAACGUAUAUUGUAUCCCGUAUUGCAUCUUGUCGUGCUAAGAAGAUCAUCAUUUCUAUAUAAUGUGGAUGAAUAAACAACUGUAUAGUUAA